UCCCCCAUCAAUUACUGUGCUGUGGAGACUCCGAGGCCAAAGACAUGAAUGCAGUGAAUGUGGGGCUCACUUCAAAGCGCCUGGGAGCAGGGAGGGGAGCGCAGGGAGUGCUGUAAUGUCGUCGGGGAAAAGAGCAACAAAGUAUCGGGAGUCUUUUAAGGAAAGAAAAAUAAUAAAAAACCCCCGGACGCGCUGUCCGUCUGUAUCACACUCGCUCUGGAUCUGGAGUCAUCGGCGGAGUGUUUAUAUUAUUAUGAUUUUCCGUAACAUUUAGCUUAACGCGUGCUCAACGGCGUCCACUUUUACUACACGCGAAAACAGAAUCCAAAAAAGACUCGUAUCAAGUUAACGAGCUAAGCUAGCUAGCCUUGUUAGCUGGUUAGCCACAUUAGCAACCUCGGCUAAGAGCUCGAAUGCUUGUUCUACUAGUUUGAGAGAGAGAGAGAGAGAGAGAACGAGGGAGCAAACUGGCUCUUUUUUUGUUUUGUUUUAUUUAUUUUUUUUACAAUUAACUCGCGUUGACCAAACAGAAAUGUUCUGUGAAGAUGAAAGGAGAGGAGAUGAAGCUAGCUUGUUUUGUUUGUGGCUAACUUGGCUAGCAGGCUGGCUAGUUUAGCACCUGGAAUUCAAACAUUUAUUGUUUGAACAGUUAUAAUCCUACUUCGAGCAGGAGAGGUGUUUAUCGAGUCAUAAUUAAUUUAUAUGAAUACAUAAAUACAGUACAGUACAAAUCACACGCUCUUUGUUGGGGAUUUUGGUGCUGUGAAUGUAAGGCUAGUUUAUUUGAAGCUUAUUGUUUUUAUGUGUGUUUUUUUCUUUUCUUCCAGUGCCAGGAAGUUUUAUUCUAUGACUUGUUAUGACACUGAAUGUUGUUUUUUUUUGUUGCUGACAUCAGGUUUAUGGGAAGCUUUUCUCAGUUUGCUGGUAGUGGUUGUAGUAGUUUGAAGGUAGAGCUUGAAAGGAAAGUAUAGUGGUUGAAUAUCAGAUAGAGUUGAGCUCUUUGAACCCGUGCUUUCAGAGAUCAGAUACGGAUAUAACCAUCUUGAGGUGUCUGAAGACAUCAAAUAGUCAUUUUUACAAAGCAAGGAGCAGUCACAAUUAGAGUAGUUUAUGUCAAGGCGCUUCAGGAGUCUGCGGUUUCUCUGUAUCUAAUCUUCCCUAGGUGCAGUUACGCAGUUUCCUUAUAAAAACAGCACCGCUUUAAGGCUUGUGCAUUAAAUAAUUGCAUUUGCAAGGAAAAUCUAGUCUACUGCUUUAAGCGUUUUUGUAUUCUGAUCGGUCUGGAUGUUGCCACAUUACGCAAAAGAAGGUAACCCCUGUGUACAGGCUACUGGAGACGAGACACAGAACUCAAGGAGGAAUUAUUUCACAGUGGCAUUAGAGGAAGUCUGGAUCUGAUUGUUCCGGAGCCUGGGCUGAGCUGGGAACGGGUGCAUGGACGUAGUAAGGAUGAGUGUGAAAGAGAAGGCGUACCUGGCGGACCUUGGGGGCAGCUUCACUGAGGAUGCGCCCCGUCCCCCUGUCCCGGGUGAGGAGGGUGAGCUGGUGUCUGGCGACGUGCGCCCGUACAGCUUGGGCUUCUACUCCAUCAAGAGUGAGGGAAUCAGGUGUGAGGCCUCCAUAGCCACGCCGAGACGGCCCGACUUGGACCUGGGCUACGAACCUGAGGGCAGCGCCUCACCCACGCCGCCCUAUCUGAAAUGGGCAGAGUCACUGCAUUCGCUGCUGGAUGACCAGGAUGGAAUCCACUUGUUUCGCACCUUCCUCAAGCAGGAGGACUGCGCUGACGUGCUGGAUUUCUGGUUCGCCUGCAGUGGCUUCCGCAAGCAGGACGCCGGCGAGGGGAACGAGGAGAAGAAGCUGAAGCUGGCGAAGGCCAUCUACAAGAAGUACAUCCUGGACAGCAAUGGCAUUGUGUCCCGCCAGAUCAAGCCGGCCACUAAGAGCUUCAUCAAGGACUGUGUGAUGAAGCCGCACAUUGACCCGGCCAUGUUCGACCAGGCCCAGACGGAGAUUCAGGCCGUGAUGGAGGAGAACACAUACCCUUUGUUCCUCAAAUCUGACAUUUAUUUGGAAUACACCAGGACAGGUGGCGAGAGCCCCAAGCUGUACAGUGAUCAGAGCUCUGUGUCGGGGAAUGGGAAGGUGCUGCCUGGCUACUUGCCCACGCUGAAUGAGGACGAAGAGUGGAGGUGCGAGCAAGAGAUCGAGGAAAACAGCGAGAGCGACCCGACUCCCAGCAAGCGGCUCACCCAGAAGCUUCUCUUGGAGACGGCGCCGCAGCGGGCAGCUAACAGCAAGAGAUACCAGGACAACCGUGAGUACAGACAUGGGUCAUGGAAGGAGCCCUUCAACCCUUACUACGUCAACACCGGCUACGCGCUGGCACCCGCCACCAGUGCCAAUGACAGCGAGCAGCAGAGCAUGUCCAGUGACGCAGACACCCUCUCCCUAACAGACAGCAGCGUAGAUGGAGUCCCUCCCUAUAGAUACCGUAAGCAGUCUCGACGUGAGAUGCACGAAAGUGCCAAAGCUAAUGGGCGAGUGCCACUACCUCAUAUUCCUCGCACAAACCGGAUGCCAAAGGAUAUCCACGUGGAGCCAGAAAAGUUUGCAGCAGAGCUGAUUAGCCGGCUGGAGGCAGUCCUGAGGGAGCGCGAGGCCGAGGAGAAACUUGAAGAGCGCCUCAAGAGGGUGCGACUGGAGGAAGAAGGAGAUGAUGCAGAUGUGUCCACAGCGCCAUCUCUGGUUAGCCACAGGCUGCCCCCUGCUGUGCAUGUGCAGCACUACACGGCACGCUACUCGGACACGGCAUACAGCGGGUUGGGGCUGCGUGAUGCGCAUGAGGAGAAUCCUGAGAGCAUCCUAGAUGAGCAUGUACAGCGUGUCAUGAAGACACCCGGCUGCCAGUCACCCAAAUCUCGGUCACCAGACGGCCUUCCUGCGACCAAGAUGCCUGGGCAUAUUUCCUCGCAGCCCAGUGGCCAAGGAAAACACCAAGCAAGGCUGGGACCCAAGGGUGAGCCUGGACAUAUUUACCACCACAAACACACACAUCACACACACCAUGCUGAGGGAGAAGGCAUGAGGCCGUGGAACAUGGAGCAGCACCAUUAUGGGUCCAAGACCAGGAAUUACUCAGAUGGCACCAGCGCUAUGGAACCCGCUGGAUAUAGCAGUAAAGGUGCCACGCUGUCAAAGCGGCCGUACAAGAAAGGUGAGGACAUGCGGAACUUUGAGACGAGAGAAACAGCUCCUGAGGAGCUGGACAGAAACCAGAAGAUCCUGCAGUGGAUGAUGGAGGGAGAGAAGGAAGCAGGGCGCUACAAGAAGAGCCCCUAUGGGAGCCUCUCGGGCUCUAAGAAGGCGCAGGGUCACGAGUCGGGCAGGCCGAGCUCGGUAGAGAGGCCGGGGGCUGUGCACCCGUGGGUGAGCGCACAGCUACGCAACAAUGUGCUGCCCUCACACCCCUUCAUCCAGGAUCCCACCAUGCCUCCGAACCCGGCACCCAACCCCCUUACACAGCUGGAAGAAGCCCGCAGACGACUUGAGGAGGAAAAGAAAAAGUCUGGAACCCUGCAGACCAAGCAGAGGUAUGUGAUGGAGGUGAUCCAGAGGGGACGCACUGUGGUCCGGCCCGCUGUAUUUCCCACACUCAACGUGGUGCCCGCAGUGUCCGACACGGAGCUCUCCGAGGCCCAACACAAAGGCAUGAAAAAGCAGCAGUGUGAGAACAUUACAGUGGCGUAUUACUUCUGUGGCGAGCCAAUCCCCUACAGGACCUCGGUCAAAGGAAGGAUCGUCACGCUGGGACAGUUCAAGGAGCUGCUUACCAAGAAAGGGAGUUAUAGAUAUUAUUUCAAGAAAGUCAGCGAUGAGUUUGACUGCGGUGUGGUGUUUGAGGAGAUACGCGAGGACGACGCUAUUCUGCCCAUCUUCGAGGAGAAGAUCAUCGGCAAAGUGGAGAAGAUCGACUGAAGAUCAGGGAGGAGGAAAAGGAGGCACGGAGAGAUGGCAUAGCCGUUUAGGUGGAGCUACUUAGCAGCCAGUAAGGGAAAGGAGCUAAGAGUAGGUGCUGAUAGAUGGUACCGAGUAUGUGUGGGGGGUGGGAGAGGGAUGAGGGUUGAGGGAUAAGUGAAACAGAAAGAGUAGGGGAGAGUGGAAGCACUGUGGGAUGUAUGCUAUUGACUCAAAGGCUUCUACCUCUGCAUUAGAGCCUUCUCUGGUUUCCCACAGGUGCCCUGUACUACUGGUCACCGUGGUAUGCAGCCUUCGGACUUUCGGACAAGGCGGCACACUCUCACCAUUUUGGUGUAUUUGAAAUGUAAUGUAGCAGUGUAAAGUUUGGCUAGAAAAAAAAUACGACUUGCUAAGAAAUAUGUUUACUAAAGCUGCAUAUUUUUGAUAUGACAUAUCUCAAGGAAGGUAUCCUUUCUAAUGUAACAUCUCUUGUAAUUUUAUAUGUACUGGUACCAUGUGUACAGUCUGUUUAAAACAACAAAAAAAGGAAAAAAAAAAGGUUUUAUAACUAUUUAAAUAUUUAAAAGGAGAAAUAAACCUAUUGGUAUGAUCUUAACGUUUUGGCAGAUCCAGUUUGAGAUGAUGGUAGUUCACGAGGCCCUGUUCACGCAGGCGGCUGGAUGAAAACCAGGAACCAUGCUCCAUGCUCUAUUAAGUGCUUUUAUCUUUUAAACCCGAUCUUAAACGUUCUCCACUCAGAGUGGCGCUACACUUCCUCUGAGAUAGUGGAGGUGAGUGGACGGUCACUGAAUGAUCAUGCCUUUACGUUGAGGGGUCAGCAGGGAGGACGCAGUGUCAGACCCAGGCUUUGUAUGCGAGUAAUUCAUUGGUUUUUACCUACAGCUGCUUCCCAUACAAGGAAAAAAAAAAAAAAAUAUAUAUAUAUAAAAUGCACCAAAACACUCCCAUCAUCCUCUGUGGUGUGAACUGGCCCCGUCAGCAUUAGAUGUAUUAACAGAGUAUAAUGAACCUUAUGGAAAAUAGCACAUCUGCAAUUUGUAAAAGAACUAUUUUUAUACGAACUAUAUAUCCAUAAUCAGAGCAGGAGGAUUUUACUCAGUUGCUGUCCAAGCGCUUGCAUAUUUUUCAUACCGGGAGUGCGGCAGAUCACUGGGGGGUGAGGGACAUCUGUAAGUGAAUGUGUGUGGCUGUGUGGAGCGCUGCUGUGUACCACAUACCACUAGCCUAUAUAACGAUCAUGUUUACACUUACCUUAAUGUAUUACAAAAA